GCGGCCGUUCUCUGCUGGCCGCUGAUUGGCCUGUGAGCUGAGGAGUUGUCAUGGCUGCCGUCCGUGGUGUGACCCGGCUCCUGGCCGGGCUCCGAAUACAGCGGGUACCGGGCCGCCUCUAUUCCGCCAGUCACCUGUCCGUGCCGGAGAGGAUAGAGAGGAAGAGGAGCGAGGCACUGCUGGGCGGAGGAGAGCAGAGGAUUCAGGCCCAGCACAAGAGGGGAAAGCUGACAGCCCGGGAGAGGAUCGGUCUGUUGCUGGAUCCGGGCAGUUUUGCCGAGUAUGACAUGUUUGUGGAACAUCGAUGUGCCGAUUUCGGAAUGCAAGAAGACAAGAACAAGUAUCCUGGGGACAGCGUUGUCACAGGUCAGGGCCGCAUUAAUGGAAGGCUGGUGUAUGUCUUCAGCCAGGUAAACUCUAUAUUCUGCAUGCUGAGGGUGACAUGUGUAUCUCAAACACGGAACAUGUUGUCAGAAGAAUCUCUUCUGUUUUUACAGGACUUUACAGUGUUUGGAGGCAGCUUGUCUGGAGCUCAUGCACAAAAAAUCUGCAAGAUCAUGGACCAAGCUGUUAUGGUGGGAGCCCCGGUGAUUGGACUGAAUGACUCUGGAGGAGCUCGUAUCCAGGAGGGUGUGGAGUCCUUGGCGGGCUAUGCUGACAUUUUUCUGAGGAACGUGGUGAGUUCUGGAGUCGUGCCUCAGAUCUCUCUGAUUAUGGGCCCCUGUGCAGGAGGAGCUGUCUAUUCCCCGGCCCUAACUGACUUCACAUUCAUGGUUAAGGACACUUCCUACCUCUUCAUUACCGGCCCAGAUGUAGUGAAGUCCGUGACCAAUGAGGAUGUGACGCAAGAAGACCUAGGAGGAGCUAAAACCCACACUGCCCUAUCAGGGGUGGCCCAUCGAGCUUUUGAAAAUGACAUUGAUGCCUUAUUAAACCUGCGGGAAUUCUUCAACUACCUUCCACUAAGCAACAAGGACGCGGCACCAGUCAGAGAGUGUCAUGACCCAAGCGAUCGUCUCGUGCCUGGAUUAGACACCAUAGUUCCCAUGGAGACCACUAAAGCCUAUGACAUGCUGGACAUCGUCCAUUCGAUUGUUGACGAGCGAGACUUCUUUGAGAUUAUGCCAAACUACGCUAAAAACAUUAUAGUGGGCUUUGCCAGGAUGAAUGGCGGGACGGUCGGCAUUGUUGGAAACCAGCCAAAAGUGGCAUCGGGGUGCCUGGACAUCAAUUCCUCUGUGAAAGGAGCUCGCUUCGUAAGAUUCUGCGAUGCCUUCAAUAUCCCCAUCAUCACGUUUGUUGAUGUGCCAGGAUUUUUACCAGGCACCGCCCAGGAGUAUGGAGGCAUCAUCCGACAUGGAGCAAAACUUUUGUUUGCCUUUGCUGAAGCUACUGUCCCCAAGAUCACAGUCAUUACUAGGAAGGCAUAUGGCGGUGCCUAUGAUGUCAUGAGCUCAAAGCAUCUAAGAGGUGAUGUCAACUACGCCUGGCCAACAGCAGAGGUCGCCGUCAUGGGAGCAAAGGGGGCUGUACAGAUCAUAUUCAGAGGAAAACAGAACCAAGCCGAGGCAGAGGCAGAAUACGUGGAGAAGUUUGCCAACCCUUUUCCUGCAGCAGUCAGAGGAUUUGUUGACGACAUCAUCCAGCCCUCUACUACACGCACGCGAAUCUGUCGUGACCUUGAAGUACUUGCAAGUAAACGGCUAGUGAAUCCAUGGAAGAAACAUGCAAAUAUCCCUCUGUGAGGUGCAUCUGUUACCCUGCCGGACGUUCCUGUCUGGGAAAUGACAAAAAAAACCAGACUGCUUUGUGUCAAACUGGAAGAGACAACACUACCCUUGCGGUCUAUGGACGAGGUGUGAUCUCCCGCAGGCUACAACUGUUAAUGUCUGCCAUGGUAAAUCCCCAAAAUAAAAAAAAACAACUGCACUUGAUUUUAAUAAUUUCAGUCUGUUGCUCCAGCCGGGA